AUGUACUGUACUAGCAGAGGAGGAGGAGGAGGAGGAGGAUGGGGUACUGCUAACCAGAAAUACACUAAUGUUAUCCAGCCAUCUACCUUUAAGUCUAAUACAUGGGGUGGCAGCAGAGAUCACGGAAGAGGAUUUUUUGGCUCCUCUGAUUUUGGAUCAUCGGGCGGCAGCAGCAGAAGUGCAGACUUUUCACAGAACAGAUUCUCUGCAUUAAUGAACAGUCAAAAUAUUGCUGAUGGCUAUAAAGAUGAAGAGGAGAGACUUCUUGAAUGUGUAGUGAAAGACAUGGAAAUUUGGGAAUCUUCAGGACAAUGGAUAUUUUCAUCUUAUUCACCGAUGAAAGAAAAGCCGAAUGUCUCAGGCUUUCUAGAUUUCUCACCAGAGGAGUUGCAUCUGGAGUAUUAUAACUGCAGAGCAAACAAUAACAUUCAGAACUAUAUAAAUUCUGUCCAACAGUUAGCAAAACAAUGGAAAAAUCGGUUGCUUCAGUUGAAAGCUUUAAAUGCAUCGACAAAAGCAGCUUUGCUAUCUGAAUUAAAGAACACAGUCACUCAACCAUUGCCUUCCUUUGGAUUUGGAGGACAGCAGACAUCGAGCUUUGGGUUGUCAAGCUUUCCUGUGAACAGCAGCAGUAACAGUGCUAGCAGUUUCUCCUUUAAAACAAGUUCCACUCUCAUCAGUGGAUCAUCUGGAAACACCCCUGCUUUUGGGAGCUCUUCUGCUGGUUGUAAUCCUCCUGCAUUUGGUGUGACGUCCUCUCCUAGCGUAUCCCACUCUGUUGGUUUUGGCAGCCCGGCAGCUCCAUCUGCAGCCUCCUUCUCAUUUAAAACUUCUGAAACAACUAGUGGUUUUGGAACUUCUGGGUUUUCGGGGUUUGGCAAUUCUUCUGCUGUAAACUCUUCAAGCACCACUCCGCUUGCAGCCUUUGGAGCUUUUAAUGCAGCAGUAGCAGCUUCUCCCUCACAUUCAAGCAGUACUUUAUUUGGACAGACUACCAGUGCCUCUGGACAUAACAUAACAUCAGCGUCUUCUGCAGUCACAAACAAUACUACAGCAGAAAAGUUAUUUACACCAAAGAGUGAAUUAUCAGCUGAAGAGUUGAAACAAUUUGAAGCAAAAAAGUUUACGAUGGGAAAGAUUCCUCUUAAGCCACCACCAUUAGAACUCUUAAAUGUUUAGGACUUUUAAGUUUAUUCUGAAAUAAUAUGUUUUUGUAACUUCUCUGAUACCUCAAGUACCCGAUUUUGUGGUUGAGUAAUGAAAUAAAAUGCUUCUGUUUGAGUUAAUUUUUGUUUCACCUCUAAGUCU